AUGUCUUCUAUUCCAACGCUGAAUGGCUCUAACUUUUGGGAAUGGAAAGAUUUCUUGAUGAUAGCUCUUGCCUUAAUGGUCCAUAACCUUGCAUUCAGAGAGGAUCAUCCAACGAUUUCAGAUUCAAGUACUGAUCAGGAUCACACAUUCUAUUUCAUCAGUCUUCAGGGGCUAGUGUCCGAUGAGGUGGUAUUGGCUAAGGAUUAUCUCGUUGAUUUGGAGAAGAGCUUUGCCAAGAAUAACAAAGAUGAAACGAUUAUGCUUCUAGCGGAUCUGGUCUCCAUGAGGUAUCAAGGUACGGACAGUAUCCGAGAGUACAUCUUGAAAAUGUCUAACACAACCUCCAAUCUAAAGGCACUUGGACUCUCUUUAGCAGAUGAUGUCCUCGUGUGUUUAGUCUUGAUAUCGCUCCCGGGACAGUUUGCCCAUUUCAAAGUGAGUUAUAAUUGUCAAAAGGAAAAGUGGAGUCUGAACGAGCUUAUUGCUCAGUGCAUUCAGGAAGAAGAGAGGUUGUCUAAAGAAAAGGCAGAGAGUGCUCAUGUGGCAACACUUCAAAGGGAAAAUCACCUAAAUCUAGGAUGA